AUUUCGUAUCUACCUAUUCCUCCCUCUCGGGUGUAACAUUUGGCUUUGUUUGAAAGCUUGUUGAUCAGUCAAGCAGUGCAAGUCGGGCUAGACUCUCUUCAUUUCAAAUUUGAUCACCAUGGGCAAGCUCGGAUCGCUCUUCAAGUACGCUGGCUCGAUUGCCGUUAUUCUCGCCGUCUUUGCGAUGGGCUUGCAGUACUAUCUCGACCACAAGACCUACCUGUUUGACCAAGCCGAGCUCCAAAAGAUUGCCGAGCGUUGCGUUGCAGAUCAAUUGGAUCGCGAGACGGCGUUCGCCAACAUCACGACCGAGCUCCGCCGCCUGUACCCGGAUCACAUCCUGCCGGAGGUCGAGUUCAUCUUCAUCAACGCGGGUGGCUGGAUGGGCACCUUCGGUCUGCUCCACGCGUCCUUGACUGAAUACGUGCUGAUCUUUGGCACAGAACUCAACACUUCGGGAAACUCGGGUCGCUAUUGGGCUGACAUUUGGGACACAAUGCUGUCGGGCGAGUUCCGCCAGUGGCCGGAAGGCACCGUCCGCAGCGUCGUCCACAAGGCGGGUGAUACCAUCUACCAUGCCCGUGGCGAAGUCACGGGUGUGCAGUGGACCAGCGGAACGUACAUGCUCGAGUUGGGACGCGGUGUCAUUCCGUCCACCAUCCUGUUUGCCGUUGCCGACACCAUUUUCAGCACGACCGACUUUAUGACGCUUGCGAAAACCCUCCGAAUUUACGGUGUUGCCGUUGUACGUGAGCUCUUGCGUGGCAAAAUUUGAAGACACAGGCCUUGUUGCCUUUUUGCAUCAGUGUUUUUGUUUUGUUUUUCUACAGCAUAUUGUGUUCCAGUGACAACCAAAUCAUG